GCACUCGGUAUCUUGUGUACGUACCCUCCUCACUUCUUCAGUUUUGCUUGGCCAUAUGUUACUGGUCCGUUCAACAAUCAAUCAAUCAAUCAAUCAAUUAAUUCAUAAUCAUGGCUUCUUCUCUCCCCACCUUCCCACGAAUAGUAUUCACUAUUAUAGAGCCUAUCUCUUUAGUUGCUGGUUUUGCUGGUGCCGUCAUUGAUCCAGCUUGGUUCAUCGGAGAGCAAUCUCCCCAGAAGAACGACGGUGAUGCUUCUCCCAAUAGCAUUAUUAUAGCCUGGCAGCUAGGGAACUUAUAUUUGCUGCUAGCAUUCAUUGGGGUCGCGAUCCUGUCAACCACGACUGAAAAUCGAGUUGUUCGCUCGUAUCUCGUUGCUCUUUGGCUCGCAGAUAUUGGUCACGUUGGCUUCAGCUCUUAUGGGAUAGGCCGGGACAGAUUGCUAAGCCCUCCCCAGUGGAAUGCCAUGACUUGGGGAAAUGUUGGAAUGACGUUAUUCCUUUUUCUCACGCGAACAGCCUAUCUCACGGGCUUCUUUGGACUUGAUCACGUCGACAAACCCGCCAAGAAGACCGCGUAAUAAGACUGACUGGGAAAACUAUUUUGAGGCGACAUCGGUGACAGAACAGCCCUGGAUGAUGAUUCUCCAACGAGAAUUUAGGAGUGAAAGAGCUACUUGGAAGACAUUGCUAAAAAAAAAAAAAAAAAACCAUGU